GCGAAUUGUCUAUCAUGUAACGCAGUACAUGUCAAGUUCAUGUUGUCAAAAGUUUUCAUCCGAUGCUUAGCUUUCUGUAUUGAUCCACAUCACAUGCGCACAGUGCUAUAAUGGCACACCGAUAUCUGCAUCUGUCAAGAAGCUGCAGGAACCUUCUCCGCGCUCUGCUGCCCAAUGUCAGACCAACAAACCGUGUGCAAGCGGCUCUGGGAGGUGGACAAAUUGUCCUAGACAGAAGAUCUUUGCUCUCCCAGGUCUUGGGCGCCUACAGAAUACUAAACUCCAAACCUCCCAAAGGAUUUGAAAAAUACUUCCCAAAUAGCAAGAAUGGUGUUCCAAAAAACAGUGAGCCUACACCAUCCAACGCAGAAGUCAAAGAGGCCAAACCAACCAAUGCUCAGAAGUCCACUGGUGGUGGUGGAGGUGGAGGAGGAGGAGGAGGAGGAAAAAGAGGGGGGAGGAAGGAUGAAUCAACCUGGUACAGCCGUCUCCAAAAGGGUGAUGUUCCAUGGGAUGAUAAAGAGUUUCGUAUGUAUUUCCUGUUUGGAGCGGCCUUCUGGACAGCUGUCACAUAUUAUUUCUUCUUCCGAGAUGGAGGAAGAGAGGUGACCUGGAAAGACUUUGUAAAUGGUUACCUAACUAAAGGAGUGGUUGAUAGAUUGGAGGUUGUAAACAAGCGAUAUGUAAAAGUCAUCUUUACUCCUGGUAAAACUCCAGUUGAAGGGCAAUAUGUGUGGUUCAACAUUGGCAGCGUGGACACAUUUGAGCGGAACCUGGAGACUGCCCAGUUAGAGCUGGGAAUUGAAGGAGAGAAUAGACUGCCAGUUGUCUAUGCCACUGAGAGUGAUGGGUCGUUCCUCCUUAGCAUGUUUCCCACCGUACUGAUCAUUGGGUUCUUGCUGUUCAUGCUGAGAAGAGGGCCAGCUGGGGCAGGGAGACCAGGGAGGGGCAUGGGUGGUCUCUUCAGUGUCAGUGAGACCACUGCCAAAGUGCUACGAGAUGAGAUUGACAUAAAGUUCAAGGAUGUGGCAGGCUGUGAGGAGGCAAAGUUGGAGAUCAUGGAGUUUGUUAACUUUCUUAAGAACCCAAAGCAGUACCAGGAUUUGGGUGCCAAGAUUCCAAAGGGGGCUAUUCUGACAGGACCCCCAGGCACAGGAAAGACUUUACUAGCCAAGGCCACUGCUGGGGAGGCCAAUGUCCCCUUCAUCACUGUCAAUGGCUCAGAAUUCUUAGAGAUGUUUGUCGGGGUUGGGCCAGCCAGGGUUCGGGAUCUCUUUGUUUUAGCCCGGAAGAAUGCCCCAUGCAUUCUCUUCAUAGAUGAGAUUGAUGCAGUAGGGCGAAAGAGAGGCAGGGGCAACUUUGGUGGGCAGAGUGAACAAGAGAACACACUCAACCAGCUAUUAGUUGAGAUGGAUGGAUUUAAUACUGCUACUAAUGUUGUGGUGCUAGCAGGCACCAACAGACCAGACAUUCUAGAUCCGGCUUUGAUGAGGCCUGGUCGGUUUGAUAGACAGAUAUAUAUUGGGCCACCGGAUAUCAAAGGUAGAGCUUCUAUAUUUAAAGUACAUUUGAGACCACUGAAGCUGGAUGAAUAUUUGGACAAAGAAGCUCUGGCAAGGAAAAUGGCUGCCUUAACACCUGGUUUUACAGGUGCGGACAUUGCUAACGUGUGCAACGAGGCUGCGCUAAUUGCAGCCCGCCACCUUUCUGAUGCCAUCAACCAAAAACACUUUGAGCAAGCUAUCGAAAGAGUAAUUGGAGGUCUUGAGAAGAAGACUCAGGUGCUGCAGCCAGAGGAGAAAAAGACGGUGGCUUACCAUGAGGCUGGUCACGCUGUUGCUGGCUGGUUCCUUGAGCAUGCUGACCCACUGCUUAAAGUGUCCAUCAUCCCACGUGGGAAGGGAUUGGGCUAUGCCCAGUAUUUGCCUAAAGAGCAGUAUCUAUACACCAAGCAGCAGCUUUUGGACAGGAUGUGUAUGACGCUGGGUGGGCGUGUCUCAGAGGAGAUCUUUUUUGGCCGCAUUACCACUGGGGCUCAGGAUGACUUGAAGAAGGUGACACAGAGUGCCUAUGCACAGAUUGUGCAGUUUGGCAUGAAUGAAAAGGUGGGGCAGGUGUCAUUUGACCUGCCGCGGCAAGGAGAGAUGGUUCUAGAGAAGCCUUACAGUGAGGCCACAGCAUGCCUCAUUGACUCAGAGGUCCGGAAUCUCAUCACCACAGCUUAUGAACGUACAAAGCAGCUCCUGUCUGAGAAGAAGGCUGAUGUGGAGAAGGUGGCACUACGUCUACUGGAGAAGGAGGUGAUAGAUAAGAAUGAUAUGGUUGAGCUCCUGGGCCGAAGGCCAUUUGCUGAGAAGUCUACUUAUGAAGAGUUUGUGGAGGGAACGGGGAGCAUGGAAGAGGACACCUCACUGCCGGAGGGCCUGAAGGACUGGAACAAGGAGCGCAAAAACGAGAAGGACGAGAGCACAGAGGAACAGGUGGCUCGACAAAUCACUGGUGGUAUGCCCUUCUAAGGACACCCUUAGAAGGGCAUGGGAAAUAUUGUUAAUUCUGCUGCCCCAGUCAAGCGGACACUGAGACAAGCACCCUGUUUUUCAGGAGAGUUCUGAUUGGAGGGCUCUUGCACAGCAGUAAGCAUUCUCUAUUGAUUGUACAGUAGGGUCUAAAAUCUAAAAUCAGUCUAAAAGUGUAUUGUUUCUCAGCAAAGCUGAAAGUAUAAAAUCUAGUUUUUGAAAAGGAUCCAAAAUUCUUCUGUUGAAUGUGAAGUGUUUUUUAUGUUACACAUCAGUGCUUUGUUUAAAAUCCGUUAAAAUCAAGGCAAAAUCACUGAGCUUGCCAAGAAAUAAUCUCUCUCUCUAGUCAUUUUAAUUUAACCUAUCAAUGAUCAAGAAGACAUACACAUCCUGUAAAUUUGAUUCCAUUUCAAAAGAUUGAAAUUUCACAAAGACAAUUCUGUGACCUUUUGCAAGUCGCCUGUUUGCAGCGCUGCUUGCUCACUGAAAGACUGAAAUGUACCAUCAUGAAUGUUAUGGACUGUGCACAAAUUCUCCCAUGUUAACUGACAUAUUCUCUUAUCUCACGCAUUUGCACUGCUAUGGCCAUCAGCCUUUGGUUUCCAAUUUGUUUUUGAUCACAUGUCCUCUGAGUGAAGGGACAAGCAGUUUUUGAUGCAUUUCUCUCAAUGCCGAUCAUUUAUGGCCUAGGCAGCUUGCUGGCCACUGUCCAUUGACCAGCUCUUAACCUGACCGAUUAAACUAGCUUGAGUAAAAGUAGUAAUUUGCAGACUACACAAAUCACUUGGUAAUGAAAUGAGAUGCUCUCAAAUCCAGCAGCAGGCAGUAGUUCAUGAUGAUAAUGCUAAUGGAGAUGUGUGAUUUUGAAGGUAUGUGAAUUCAAGAUUUACGCUACAAUACAAAUGCUUUUAUUGUGUCAUACUGCAAGCUUUGGGAUUAAAAACAGAGCACAUUGAUAUAAAACGCUUGUUCUUUUGUGACUUCAGCAGAUUUAGCUUGAUAUCACGUGUAAAUAUGUAUUUUGUUCUGUGAAAGUUUUGAAUGCGUGAUAAAACCUAAAUAAAUGUACAGAAACUUUGAAUUUAUUCUCUAUAGUUAU